AUGGGGAUGAACGGUUUACUCUUGAGCUGCAUAACCGUGGCGGCACUAAUCCAGCUCUCCACCGCUGGCCUGGUCAAGAAGGUCAUCCGCCACCGGAGGGAGACCCUGAUGCCUAAGAAAACCCAAGAGAACCUGACUAUUCCCCAUCCGGACCAGCCUGUGGUGUUCAACCAUGUCUACAACAUCAACGUCCCCUCCACUUCCCUCUGCUCUGUGGACGUUGACUCGCCGGGAGGCACCGGGAUCAAACACAAGAGCGCCUCGCUGGACAUGCAGAGCACCGAGCACAUGGAGCACACGGUCGAUGGAGACAACCAGAUCGUUUUCACUCACCGUAUCAAUAUUCCCAAACAAGCGUGCGGCUGCGACAACCAGCUGCCCGACAUCAAAGACAUCCUGAACAGACUGGAGAUGUUGGAAUCGGAGCUGUCUAGUCUUAGGGAGCAGUGCAACAGUGGAGCCGGCUGUUGUGGAGCUCAGGUUACAGGAGAGGUGUCCACAAAACCCUUCUGUAACGGACAUGGAAACUGGAGCACUGAGACCUGCAGCUGUUCCUGUGAACCGGGAUGGAAGGGCCCUAACUGCACAGAGCCUGAAUGUCCCAAUGAUUGCCAGGACCAGGGUCGCUGUGUGGAUGGUAGAUGCGAAUGCUUUGAGGGUUUCGGUGGGGAUGACUGUAGUAUUGAGCUCUGCCUGCUGGACUGUGGCGACUAUGGCCACUGUGUUGAAGGGUCCUGUCUUUGUGAGGAAGGCUUCAUUGGUGAGGAUUGUUCGCAGACCAACUGCCUUAACAACUGCCUGGGUCGUGGACGCUGUGUGGAUGAAGAAUGUGUCUGUGAUGAGCCAUGGACAGGCUAUGACUGCUCCGAGCUCAUCUGUCCUAAUGACUGCUACGACCGAGGACGCUGCAUUAACGGUACUUGCUUUUGUGAUGAGGGCUUCACUGGAGAGGACUGUGGAGAGCUCAGUUGUCCUGACAACUGCAACGAUCGUGGCAUGUGUGUGAAUGGUCAGUGUAUGUGUCAGACUGGCUACAGUGGAGAGGACUGCUCAAAGCUUACCUGCCCCAAAAAUUGCAAUGAGAGAGGUCACUGCUUCAAUGGGAAGUGCAUAUGUGAUCCUGGUUUUGAAGGUGAAGAUUGCUCAAUCCUCUCAUGCCCUGACAACUGCAGCAACAGGGGUCAGUGCAUAAAUGGGGAAUGUGUUUGUGACAUUGGAUACCAAGGGGAAGACUGCAGCGAGCUCUCCUGCCCCAACAACUGCCAGGACCAGGGUCGCUGUGUUGACGGGCAAUGCUUAUGUGACAAAGGCUUUGCAGGUGAAGAUUGCAGUAUCAAGACAUGUCCUAAUGACUGCCUUGGAAGAGGAGAGUGUGUAGACGGAAAGUGUGUCUGUUUUGUGGGCUUUACUGGAAAAGACUGCAGUGAGCUGACCUGCCCCAAUGACUGCCUGAACCGUGGUCACUGUGUGGACGGCCAGUGUGUCUGUCAUCAGGGUUUCACGGGUGAAGACUGCAGUGAGAAGACAUGUCCUAAGAACUGCCACAACAGAGGUCAAUGUGUGGACGGCCAGUGUGUCUGUCAUCAGGGUUUCACGGGUGAAGACUGCAGUGAGAAGACAUGUCCUAAGAACUGCCACGACAGAGGUCAAUGUGUGGACGGCCAGUGUGUCUGUCAUCAGGGUUUCACCGGUGAAGACUGCAGUGAGAAGACAUGUCCUAAGAAUUGCCACGACAGAGGUGACUGUGUGGACGGCCAGUGUGUCUGUCAUCAGGGAUUCACGGGUGAAGACUGCAGUGAGAAGACAUGUCCUAAGAACUGCCAUGACAGAGGUCGCUGUGUGGAUGGCCAGUGUGUCUGUCAUCAGGGAUUCACGGGUGAAGACUGCAGUGAAAAGACAUGUCCUAAGAACUGCCAUGACAGAGGUCGCUGUGUGGACGGCCAGUGUGUCUGUCAUCAAGGUUUCACCGGUGAAGACUGCAGUGAAAAGACAUGUCCUAAGAACUGCCACGACAGAGGUGACUGUGUGGAUGGCCAGUGUGUCUGUCAUCAAGGUUUCACCGGAGAAGACUGCAGUGAGAAGACAUGCCCAAAGAACUGUCUGGAGAGAGGUGACUGCGUAGAUGGUAUCUGUGUUUGUUAUGAAGGUUUCACCGGACCCGACUGCUCUGUCCUGACCUGUCCAGAAGACUGCCACAACCAAGGCCAAUGUGAAAACGGAGCAUGUGUCUGCGAUGAGGGCUUCAUUGGGGAGGACUGCUCUGAGGUCUCACCACCCAAGGACCUGACUGUGGUUGAGGUGACUCCAGAAACAGUAGACCUAACCUGGGAGAAUGAGAUGCGAGUGACAGAGUACCUAAUCACAUAUGUGCCCACGGCCCCUGGAGGUCUGGAGCUUGACAUGCGGGUGCCCGGAGACCAGAAGGAGGCCACCAUUCGCGAGCUUGAGCCUGGUUUGGAGUACCUGAUCAGUGUCUACGCUGUACUCAGCAACAAGAGGAGCGUUCCUGUCAGCGCUCGCGUGGCUACACAUCUUCCCGAGCCUGAGGGCCUUAAAUUUAAGUCAGUGCGAGAGACAUCUGUGGAAGUGCAGUGGGAUCCCCUGGAUAUUCCAUUUGAUGGGUGGAACCUGAUCUUCAGAAACACGAAAGAGGAGGAUGGGGAGAUCCUUAACUCCCUUGGCCGCCCAGAGACCACCUUUGAGCAGUCAGGUCUGGGACCGGGCCAGGAGUACGAGGUCAAACUGGAGGUGGUGAAGAACAACAAGCGUGGGCCGCCUGCCUCUAAGAACAUUGUCACAAUGAUCGAUGCCCCAAGCCAGGUGGAUGUGCGAGAUGUGACGGACACCACGGCGUUGGUAACCUGGUUCCAGCCUGUGGCUCACGUGGAUGGGGUCAGCGUCUCCUUCGGGCCCAGCUUGAACCCUGCAGAUCGUAAUGUGGUGGAGCUAUCAUCUGCUGAGACCCAGUACCACCUGGCUGGCCUCAGCCCUGAUACUCAGUACGAGGUCUCUCUGACAGCAAAGAGGGGGGAACAGAGCAGCAUACCCAUGUACGACUCCUUCCUCACAGACCUGGACGCUCCCAGAGACCUGCAGACUGUAGAAAUAACAGACGAGAGCAUCACUCUGGAGUGGAGGAACAGUAAGGCUCAGGUGGACCAGUAUCGCAUCAAGUACGGCCCGCUCUCUGGAGGCGACCAUGGAGAACUGCUCUUCCUCCCUGGACCCAAGGACUCCACACAGGCCAAAAUCAGUGGCCUGAGACCAGGAACGGAGUAUGGGAUGGGAGUAACGGCGGUGAAAGAUGAGCGGGAGAGUCUGCCGACAACCACCAACGCUGUGACAAUGUUGGACGCCCCCAAAGACCUGACUGUAGCAGAGGUAACGGAGACCACCAUGAUGCUGGAGUGGAAGCGGCCCCAUGCCAAGCUGGACUCCUACAGACUGGUGUACGUGUCGGCCGAUGGUCAGAGGGCUGAGGACACGGUCCCAGGAGGCUCAGAGUCUCACACCCUGAGGGGUCUGGACCCUGGCAUGAUGUACACCAUCAGCAUCACUGCAGAGAGGGGCCGCAGGACCAGCGUACCUGCCACCGUCUCAGCUCCCACAGCGGAGGAGAUGCCAGCGGUGACCAACGUCACGGUCAGCGACGUGUCAUGGGAGAGCUUCCUCCUGUCCUGGUCCAUUGAUGAUGGGGCGCUCGAGGCAUUUCUGAUUGAGAUUACCGACGAGGAGACGGGAGCCGAGUGGCAAAACCACACGGUACCCGCGGACACUCGCAGCCUGGUCAUCUCAGGCCUCUCCCCCAGCACCUGGUACAGGGCCAGUGUGUACGGGGUGCACAGGGGGUCCCUCCUAGACCCUGUCUAUGCAGACACCAUUACAGAGACUGAACCGGAGGUGCGGGAUCUCCAAGUCUCCAACAUCACUGCGGAGAGUUUUACGCUGGCCUGGAUGGCUGAGGAGGAAGCCUUUGACACCUUGGUCCUGAUGCUCAGCCAGGCCAAAGACCCGGGCCAACCCAGAGAGCUGGUGCUGAGUGGUGAGGAGAGAAAUGUCACAAUGAGCGAUCUCACAGAGGACACAGAGUACGACGUGGAGAUCUUUGGGCUCAUGUUGGGGAAGCGCUCCAAGUCCGUACGAGAGCGGGUGAGAACAGACCUGGGCUCACCCAAGGGAAUCCGCUUCUCUGGAGUGACUGACACAUCUGCCACCGUUCACUGGCUGACUCCAAGAGCCCGGGUGGACAACUACCAGGUCACCUACAUGCCUGCCCAUGGAGGUGUUGCUAAGACGCUGAGGGUGGACGGCUCCAAGUCACACACCGUCCUGCCGAAUCUGACACCGGGGGUCACCUAUGAGGUCACCAUCGUUGCCGUCAAGGAGCAGAGAGAGAGUGAGCCUGGAUCUGACAGUGUCACCACAGCUCUGGAUAAGCCCCGUGGACUGACUGCAGUCAACAUCACGGACACCGAGGCCCUGUUGCUGUGGCAACCGGCCAUCGCCACAGUAGACGGUUACGUCAUCACAUACAGCGCAGACUCUGUGACUCCGGUGAUGGAGCGUGUGUCAGGAAACGUGGUGGAGUUUGAGAUGAGCUCCCUGAAGCCAGCAACGCUCUACACUGUGAAGGUCUACGCUGUGAGGGACCUGGCCAAGAGUGCAGCCACUACAACAGAGUUCACCACAGAUGUAGACGCUCCUCAGGACCUGGCAGCCACUAACAUCCUGACGGAGAGCGCUCUGCUCACCUGGAAGCCUCCUCGUGCUGACAUCAGCGGGUACCUCCUCCACUUCGAGUCUGCUGUCGGCACCAUCCAUGAGGUGGUUCUGAGUCCCACCGCUGUGUCGUACAACAUGGCCGACCUGAGUGCCUCCACAGAAUAUUCAGUCAAGCUGGAAGCGCUUGCUGGUCCCAAGAGAAGCCAAGUCAUCUCUACCGUCUUCACCACCACUGGUGUGCUGUACAGACACCCCAGGGACUGCUCACAGAGCCUGCUGAACGGCGACACCUCAUCAGGCAUGCACACCAUCUACCUGGGAGGAGACGAAAGCCAGCCCCUGCAGGUCUACUGCGACAUGAGCACUGACGGAGGCGGAUGGAUUGUUUUCCUCCGACGUCAGAGUGGCAGACUGGAGUUCUUCCGCAACUGGAAGAAUUACACAGCUGGUUUUGGUGACAUGAAUGAUGAAUUCUGGCUUGGUCUUUCCAACCUGCAUAAGAUAACAUCUGGAGGACAAUAUGAGCUGCGAGUGGAUCUAAGAGACAAGGGAGAGAUGGCCUACGCUUAUUACGAGAAGUUCUCUGUCUCUGAACCUCGGACCCGCUACAAAGUCCACGUGGGAGGAUACAGUGGGACUGCAGGCGACUCUAUGACCUACCACCAUGGACGCCCAUUCUCCACCUAUGACCAUGACAACGACAUUGCUGUGACCAACUGUGCUCUGUCCUACAAGGGAGCCUUUUGGUACAAAAACUGUCACCGGGUCAACUUGAUGGGACGCUACGGAGAUAACAGCCACAGCAAGGGCGUAAACUGGUUCCACUGGAAAGGCCACGAGCACUCGAUUGAAUUUGCUGAGAUGAAGAUCCGUCCAUCCAACUUCAGAAACCUGGAGGGAAGGAGGAAACGGUCUUAAAUGAUCUAGAGAACGCCCCAUCCACGACCACAACCGUCAUCGACCACAGCACUACUACUUCUGUGUCCGGGCUCCCCAUAACUCACCCCGCUUUCCACACACACACACCAACUCUGCAGCAACCAAAGCCUUCAACAGGAACCCUCCAAACCCCCUUCCCUCCCCCUGUUUCCACACAGAUUAGCCCCUGCUGCCCAUUUAAAAUGGGUGCGAAUGCAACAAUUGCCCAACAUUUUAAAAACUAGAAUUACAUUUCUCCUCCCACGCCAAAGACAGUAGCCCCACCUCAGCAGAUUCCACCCCUUCACGCAUCCUGCAGUAUUAGUGGGGAGGUGCUCCAACAACUCGGGCAUUAUGUGGUGUAGACUCAUCGAAAGCAUUUUGUAUCACGUUCACACAUCUGGAGUUUUACACUAAAGAACUGGAUGUUUAGAUCACCGUUUGGGUGAUCGGAUAAAUUCUGUUGCAUGUAUUGAACUGUAUACAUUUCAUUCUGACAUCUGAGAACAGAUUUUUCGCUGAUGCCACACGUUUUCUGACUUGCAGUCUGUUUGUCGUCGUGUGACAUGACUAAAUCAGUUUAAUUUAAUUUCUCCCGGUGAACCUGCUACCCUCACCCCCUUCCUAGCAGCCACCAUCUAAAUAUGAAGAGGGGUUUAAAAAAAACAGUCAAAAAGAACAACACAAUUAUGAAAAAGUUCACAUCCCAUAUCCCCAUGGAGGGCGACAGUGUCUCCGUCCCUGAAGCGACCCCCUGCAGGCGGCACGCUGCAGCCACAGUAUUCUGCUUCAAAAAAGCUGAAGAACACAGAGAGGAAGAACAAGAGAUUUCUUUCUAUCCUGAAUCCAAGGCAGGACCUAUUACUCAGUAUAUAAUGACAUGCGGUGAUUCCAUUUUUUUUUUGUUGUAUCUUUUUGCAAAAUGUGAAUACAGUACUUAUAUGUGGAGCAAAAGAAUGUUUUUGUGAUGCUUGCAACGUAAACAGUUCAAAAGGGCCAAUUUCAAUUAAAUUUCAGUGUUCAUAGUAAAGUCUGUUUGGAUAAAAAAAAAAGAAAAAAAGAAGAAGAUUAGUGUUUGGACCGACCAAAACUAGUAAACUAGUUACUCUUUGUACCCCUCCACCCCCCCACCCAGCCCCUCUUGCUUUGGCAGGAUACUAAACCACUGACCUUCUAAAGAAUGCCUGUGUAAAUUAAGUUUGUUUUGAUUGUUUUGUCUGUUUAGAACCGGGUGAACUACAGGUGUGUCUCUGUAAACUGUAAAACAAUAAAACAGUCUGUUUAAAAGACAAAUUUUCCUUGGA